CUCAUGUCUCUCGGGAGUAAAAUUUUGUGUUGCUGGCUGCACCAAAACCUGAAACUUAAAAUCUUUGAGUCUCUCGAUCACUCAGAAACCCGCGCCAUCGAUGGAUCCUCAAGCUGAGCCAGUUAGCUACAUCUGCGGAGAUUGUGGUAUGGAGAAUACGCUGAAACCAGGUGAUGUUAUACAGUGCAGAGAGUGCGGUUACCGUAUCCUUUACAAGAAGCGCACUCGUCGCAUUGUCCAGUAUGAGGCACGUUGACGAAAACUGCUGUGGCGUUGGCAAGUAUUUUCCAAUGCAACCGUUAUAGACUUGUAAUGAAAUUGUGAUGUGAAUGUGCUGUUCUGUUUACAGUUUUAUUGAAGUCUUAUGAAACUGAAACUUAACCAUCAA